CAUCCCCUUUUUAGAAAGACUGAGUCUCUCCCAGGACAGCUGCUGCGGUCACACCACAAACUUAAAAACCGCCCUCCCGCUCCAAGCGUGCCUUUCCUCGCCACCCUCGCCUCUGCACCGCUCCAGCUGGUGCCUGGCUCCGCUCUGCUCCAGGCAGGGCGCUCGAGUGUAGGGGGGGAGCAGCGCCCCCUGCCUCCUGGCCUGGCCUCUGCGGCCGCAUCCUCCGCGCUCCACCAGGGCCGCUGGCGGCUCCGGGGCUCAGCUAGGGCUGCCUCUCAGAGGAGGUCGCGCCGGUGCCCUGGGUCGCCACCUCUCACGCCUACCGCCUGCAUCCCCUUCUCUCCCUGAAAAGACUGCCGGCGCAGAGAGAGAGAGAGAGGGAGAGAGAGAGAGAAGAGUUCGCUGUAGAAUUGUGGUAACCAUAUGAGUGGUCAAGUUGCUUGUAUCUUAUACCUACAGACUGACAUCUGCUGUUUCUCAGGACAGUGGCUCUCUCCAUAACAGAUUAAUACGGUUUGAAAGAGACCAUUGUUUUCAACAUGAUUGUUAAUAAAAAUGAGAGACCAAGGUCCAGAAGCCACGAUUUUUACCUUUUUCAUGCCUUGGUGAUGUUAAGCAUGACCACGCUGUUUCUUCCAGUCACUGGAACGUCUAAGCAAAAUAUUCCACGUCUCAAGCUAACUUACAAAGACUUGCUGCUUUCAAAUAGCUGUAUUCCCUUUUUGGGCUCAUCGGAAGGACUGGAUUUCCAAACCAUUCUGUUAGAUGAGGAGAGGGGCAGACUGCUUCUGGGAGCCAAGGACCACAUCUUCCUGCUUAGUCUGGUUGACUUAAACAAAAAUUUUAAGAAGAUUUAUUGGCCUGCUGCAAAGGAACGAGUGGAACUAUGUAAAUUAGCUGGGAAAGAUGCCAAUACAGAAUGUGCAAAUUUCAUCCGAGUACUUCAACCCUAUAACAAAACUCAUGUUUAUGUGUGUGGAACUGGAGCAUUUCAUCCAAUAUGUGGAUAUAUUGAUCUUGGAGCCUACAAGGAGGAAGUUAUGUUCAAGCUAGACACACAUAAUUUGGAGUCUGGCAGACUGAAAUGUCCUUUUGAUCCUCAGCAGCCAUUUGCUUCAGUCAUGACAGAUGAAUACCUCUACUCUGGCACAGCUUCUGAUUUCCUUGGCAAGGACACUGCAUUCACGCGGUCCCUUGGGCCUACUCACGACCACCAUUACAUCAGAACUGACAUUUCAGAGCACCACUGGCUCAACGGAGCAAAAUUUAUUGGAACUUUCUCUAUCCCGGACACCUAUAAUCCAGAUGAUGAUAAAAUAUAUUUCUUCUUUCGUGAAUCAUCUCAAGAAGGGAGUACUUCUGAUAAGACCAUUCUUUCUCGAGUUGGAAGAGUUUGUAAGAAUGAUGUAGGUGGACAACGCAGCCUGAUAAACAAAUGGACCACUUUUCUCAAGGCCAGAUUGAUUUGCUCAAUUCCUGGGAGUGAUGGGGCAGAUACGCAUUUUGAUGAGCUUCAAGACAUUUACUUACUCCCCACAAGAGAUGAAAGAAAUCCUGUAGUAUAUGGAGUCUUUACCACAACCAGCUCCAUCUUUAAAGGCUCUGCUGUGUGUGUGUAUAGCAUGGCAGACAUCAGAGCAGUUUUUAAUGGUCCAUAUGCUCAUAAGGAAAGUGCAGACCAUCGUUGGGUGCAGUAUGAUGGAAGGAUCCCGUAUCCUCGACCUGGCACAUGUCCAAGCAGAACCUAUGACCCACUGAUUAAAUCAACCCGAGACUUUCCAGACGAUGUCAUCAGUUUCAUAAAGCGGCACCCUGUGAUGUAUAAAUCCGUGUAUCCAGUUGUGGGAGGACCAACAUUCAAGCGAAUCAAUGUGGAUUACAGGCUGACACAGAUCGUGGUGGAUCACGUUGUUGCUGAAGAUGGCCAGUAUGAUGUAAUGUUUCUUGGAACAGACAUUGGAACAGUCCUAAAAGUUGUCAGCAUUUCAAAGGAGAAGUGGAAUAUGGAAGAGGUGGUCCUGGAGGAGUUACAGAUAUUCAAGCAUUCAUCAAUGAUCUUGAACAUGGAGUUGUCUUUGAAGCAGCAACAAUUGUACAUUGGUUCCCGAGAUGGAUUGGUUCAGCUCUCCUUGCACAGAUGUGACACUUAUGGGAAAGCUUGUGCAGAAUGCUGUCUUGCCAGAGAUCCCUACUGUGCCUGGGAUGGAAAUGCAUGCUCUCGAUAUGCACCCACUUCAAAAAGGCGAGCUAGACGUCAGGAUGUGAAGUAUGGAGACCCAAUCACCCAGUGCUGGGACAUAGAAGACAGCAUUAGUCAUGAAGCUGCUGAUGAAAAGGUGAUUUUUGGCAUUGAAUUUAAUUCAACCUUUCUGGAAUGUAUUCCUAAAUCUCAACAAGCAUCUAUUAAGUGGUAUCUCCAGCGAUCAGGAGAUGAACAUCGAGAGGAGUUGAAACCCGAUGAAAGGAUCAUCAAAACAGAAUAUGGGCUACUGAUUCGAAGUUUGCAGAAGAAGGAUUCUGGGAUGUAUUACUGCAAAGCACAGGAGCACACUUUUAUCCACACCGUAGUGAAGCUGACUUUGAAUGUCAUUGAGAAUGAACAGAUGGAAAAUACCCAGAGGGCAGAGCAUGAGGAGGGGAGGGUCAAGGAUCUGUUGGCUGAGUCACGGUUGAGAUACAAAGACUACAUCCAAAUCCUUAGCAGCCCCAACUUCAGCCUCGACCAGUACUGCGAACAGAUGUGGCACAGGGAGAAAAGGAGACAGCGAAACAAGGGCGGCCCAAAGUGGAAGCACAUGCAGGAAAUGAAGAAGAAAAGAAAUCGAAGACAUCACAGAGACCUGGAUGAACUUCCUAGUGCUGUGGCCACGUAGUUUUCUAUUUAAUUUAAAGAAAAGAAUCCUUUACCUGCAGAAACACUGUCUUCUGUUUUGUUCAUCCUCAUUCUAACUCAUAAGAGCUUUCCAUGGAGUUUUGCUAAAGCACAAGAACAGUAAUCUGAAUAAGACUAUCUAAGGUGGAUGUGGCAUGGUAGGGGCAAAUCUUUCAUCUGGACCAGUUUUAUAAAAACUAAACUUAUACCUGCAGAGAAUCAGAAUUAUCCUCAAAAGAGGGGCUUUCCAUGUGUAAAUUUUUUAUGAUCUGGGUUUUUGAGUUUAUUUUGUCAUGUAAAUAAUUGAGCUAAGAAAGCAUCAAAUUUGAUAUUAUACUAAGGUGCUUUAUUUCCCUGGCAUGGCCUUGGAACAUGGCAUUUACCAUGCAGUUGUGCUCUAUGUUCUUAUGAACAAAUAUAUCAUUCCACUAAAGAACUGGCUACCUAGUGGUAGGGAUGGGAGGGAAGACAUAACAUACAGCUCACAUUACCAACAGGAAGCUUCCCAAUGAGCCUUUUGCUCUUGGUGCAUGGUUUAGGAAUUUAGAGAGGUGCAUUAUUUCUUUCAGACCCCAGGGGUUACAUUUAGUACCCUGCAGCAUUGAUUUACUGAAGGGCAUAAAUGCUCCUCCCAGGAUUCCUCAUGACUUGUCAGGAGUAACAGGUUCACAGAAGUUGGUGCUCAGUUAUAUGUCUUUAGAAUGAAUAUGUGCUGAGCUCUAUAGGGACACAAUGCUUAAUAAAUAUUUUACUAGGAUAUGGGAAAAUGUUUUAAUAAAAUAAGGGAAACAUCAUGAUGUAUACUGCAUCCUAAUGCAGAUGGGAUUUGUUAAGAAACAGAAAGCCAGUCAUAAAUUCUGGCUUUGGAGAGAACUCAUAUCCCCAUAAAAAGGAAGAACAAUCAGAAAUACAGUGGGUGAAAUGUAAUGUAGCUUUAUUCACUGGAGUAUAAAUAGCUGCCAAUUUGUAAUCCAUCUGUUUAAAAACUCAAGAUUAUAACAAACUACUACUAAAGUCUGAGGAAAAAUAAAUUUUCUAAAGGAUCAUGGGAAGAAUGAAUAUAAAUUUAUUUACAACCAAUGGGAUUUCCGUAUGUACUUUCUUUUUUUCUAAAAAUUCAUCACAUUCAAUAAAUUAUUUCUGUUUACUGCCUUUAUUCUUUCCUGAAUAUUGGAUUAUUAGAUUUUACUUGAGUGAAUAGGAAAAUACCAUAUAUACAUAUAUAGAGGGAUAGAUUAGGUAGACAACAGUGGUGGGGAGCGGGAAUACUAUAUAUUUGUUAAAUAACAGAACAAAUGCAAAAAUUUUGACAACGGAAAGGGUUAAAUUAACUCUUUGACAUCUUUUCUUUACACAGUCUUUUUGCAUUUCUGAGAUUAUAUGCUCUAAUUCAAGUAGCAUUAUUUUAGUAAUUUAAUAAUAAAUAAGUCUACUGCAUGUAAAGAAAACAAACUCACAAUAACAUUUUUUUCAUAUUUUGUAAGCACUUUCAAAUGUUUCCAGUUUGACCUUCCCUCUGAAUAUAUUCAGUAUGUUUCCUGCCUGUUUAAAAAGGACUCACCUUUCUUCAUAUAACACAAAACCCUUAGCCUUCUUCUGUUUUGCCUUUUCAUGCCCUUUUUAGUGUGAAAUGAAAAAUUAGUCACUUCCUCACAUGGAAGGCAGCUUUUCAGAAAACUAAAUAGCAGACAUUGCUCGUUUCUCAUGCAUUCUACGUGUCUUGAAAGUAAAUCCUGUGAGAACUCCUGUGAUUAGAGGGCAACUUACUACAGGGUUCAGUAUCAUGUCUGUGACUGGCUUUAUGCUAAAAACAUUCUAUCCACAUUCAUUUUAUUUGCAUUGCUUACCUAUCUCAAAGUAGUCACACUGAUAUAUGAGGUUAAGUCGCCUUUUGAUAAGAUACUCAUAAAUAUUUGCAGAUGGUUUAUUAUAAGGAAAGCUUAAGGAAGAAUUUUUUUUUUUUUAAAGUGAACCAGAACAAAUUUUUCUUUGAAAAAGAAAUCUAUAAGAAUAGCUGCAACAAGAUCAGACUGCUAAUAGAAUAACCUAACAAGAGUGUUUGUAACUGCUGAUUUGCUGGCUUAAAAUGUUCUAGGAACUCAUAGUAAGCUCAGAACAUGUUUUUUAAACGAGAAAAGUAGCAGUUUUUUUUUUUUUAAGAUUCUGAAAGAUUUCUAAUAUUUGUAUAUCAGACAGUAAUGGUCAAAUUAUGAUUGCUCAAAUUUUUUGGGGAAAAAUAUGUGAACUGCCAAUGUUAGGAAUGACUUGUGAAAAUAAAUUUGGUUUUCAUCAAAAUUUGAAUGUCCAAGCCAUUUUUAAAUUAAUUCUUUAUAAUUUUAAUUAUUCAGGAAAAAAAGGGGGGAUGCUAUUUUAAUUUACAGCUAAUUUUCUGGCUGCUUUGGAUCUAAAACUAUUAAUUUAUGAUAAUAUAUUUAAAAUAUUUUUAGUAAAAUAAGUCAUUAUAAAUAAACCAUAUGAAAAAGAUUUUUGCAUAUUUAUAAAUAUAGAAGACAUCUAAACUACCACAUUUGUCAAUAUUUUAGUUGCUUAGAACACUUAUAGGAACAAUGUGAAGAAUAUAUUAAAUUUAGAGAUGAGCGAGACACAAUAUAUACUUCCUCAUCACUGAGGAUCUUUACCAAAUUUUCUUUGAAAUAAUGAAAAAAAAUUAUAGUCAAGAGUUUCAAAUACAUUUGCUAAGAAAUCAGCUCUUUAUGGAGAGGUCUUAAAAUUAUGUUUAUUCUCAGUUUCAUAUUUUUUCACCCCUGUUUUAAAUACAUAUGUCUCUGAUUUGCAUAUUCUGACCUGCAUUUCAUUCCAGCUGCUUAUGCUGCUAAAUGGAAUACUGACUGUCUGCAUUCAUUUACAUUCAAUUCACUGGGAAUUUUAAGAGUUUGUUUAGAAAUGGAUUGUCUAAAUAAUUUAUGUAGAACCUACUUUCCCCCUCAAAAGCCCAAAACACUGCAUUCACAAUACUGAAUAAACAUUUUUAAAAACAACCAAAUUAUUUAAGAAAUGGAAAUGAGUCAUAGAAAAAUUCAGAAAUUUGCAAAACCCACCACAGUAGUGAAAGAUAUUGAUUGGCUAAGUAAUACUUAUUUACAAUAUGCUGCCUGCAAAAUGCUCUUGCUCUUGAAUUUUUCCUUUGCUCUAUGUUCUGUUUCUUUAUACACCAUUAGCUUUUGUUUCUACUGAAUUGUACAGAUUUAACUGAAAAAUAAGUUUACUCUUGCCAGUGCCUGUUUUUCAACACUAAAUUGAAAAUAAAUUUCCGAGGACAAUUUGAUAGCAUCCAGAUGUCUACAAAAUAUUAAGUUGAACAAGGGCAUCAAUUAAGUAUUGAUUUUAAAAUUUAAAUAUAAUAUUUCAUAUCUAUCAUUAAUACAAAUGGUAAUCAAAAGUGACCUAGCUUCCCUUCAGAAUGUUACAUUUGCCUGGGCAACAGGUUGUAAUUCAUCAGCUUUAUUGGGAAUGGACAGUUUAGAAAAAGAGAUUUUUGAAAUUCUUUUAUAGAAGUAUGUUUUUCUCACAGUAAAUGAUCACAAUAUUUAAAUAGUUUAAUUUACAUGUAAAGUUAAAAAAUAAGAUCAAAAAUUCCAUGACUGUAUACAUUAACAGUGUAGAAAUGGGAACAUGCACAUGAUUUAUACCUCUCAUUUAAUUAUUUUGUCAUAUAAAGUAUUUAUGGUAAGUUGGAGAUAGGUUUUUUUGGGGGCAAGGGCAAAAAUCUGUCAGUUAAUUGUGUAAUUUAAUUCUGUUAUUGUAUUAGAUAUCUAUUUUGAUUUUAUAGUUAUACUAUUUUAAAGAAAUGUAGUCUUGUAAUCUAAAAUAAUUGAAAGUUGUUAAAUGUAUAUUUUGGUUGUAUUAUAAUAAAACACAAACAUUAGUGUUCUAUGGUUAUAAACAGAA